UACAUCACUUACAGCGGAAGUGUAUGUUAAUUGAUUUAGAUAGUAGCGGGCAGCCAAACUCAAUCUGCGUUGGAAUUUCACAUCAAUAAUUGGUGCUAGGCUACAAAUGUAUCUCACCAGUGCCUAAAACGAGAAAGUAGAAGCUCUUAUGGCUGUAAUUUCUGGGUGUUUCUCAUACUCCGCUUUCCAUUUCCCACUGCCUUCUUGUUCCACUCCAAGUUCUCGCCUUUCAGUGUCAAGAAUCCGAUUGUCAGCUUCCAUGAAUUCCAGCGAUGAGCUUAGAGCCAAAUUGAUGGAGUUUCCGCAUGUCUCUGCCCCGCACAGAGACCUAAUGGUGGAGCUGCUAUCCUCUGUGGAAACCCGCCUUGGCUCCUCGCUGCAACCUUGUAUUCUCCCACCCGAUGUACAACGCUUUGAGAAUCCUGCUGGCACCGCCUCUGCUUCUCUCCAGCUCAGACCCGGCCUGCCUUCUUCUCAGAUUGAUCUCAUAUUGGGAGGUUGGAUUCACUGCAAGUUGCCGUCUGGAGGAGCCUUGAACAUAACGAGCCUCUCUGGCUAUUUGAAAGCCUCGACUGAUGCGCCGCACUUCCUGCUGGAUCUCAUCCAGGGCAGCCCGACUUCGCUUGUCCUAAUUCUUGAUUUGAGUCCAAGAAAAGACCUCAUCUUGCACCCCAAUCACCUCAAGACCUACUAUGAAGAUACACAAUUGGACAGACACAGGCAACGCCUUCAUACGCUGCCGGAGGUGAGACCUUAUUUCUCACCGUCUCUUGGUGUACGAGCUCUUCUUUCUCCGACAGCAAUAAUAGUCACCAUAGAUGUUGGAACCAGUGAGACAACAAAUAUUGAAGAGAUCAUUCGGGACCAUGUUGGUCCAGUUGCAAAGGAGUUACUGCAAUUUUGGAUCGAAUCAUGCGCCUGUCCUGAGAGACAUGUUGAGGAGUCUGAAAUGGCUUAUUUAGCUGAAAGGGAUCGAAUAAUUAAGAAUACAGCUAUCGAGGUGGAUCUUGGUUCGAGUUUCCCAAGGUUGUUCGGGCAAGAUGUAGCUGAUAGAGUAUUAACUUUCCUAAAAGAAUAUUACAACAAAUAAUUUUCUGCCAUCUAGAUGUCUUAUAGGCAUUUAUUGCCAAAUCUUUUGCGUAUAGUAAGUUUAUUGGUCUCCAUAUUCA